AUUAUUAAACUUGGUUUUGAUUUUAUUAAAUGAAUGUGUAUGUUCAGCGAAUUUGGUCAAUUAUCUUUAGCAUCUUGGGCGGUUACUUCUUUUAUUUUUUGUUUUAAGGUAAUUUUGUUUAGAAAAAAAGGUUAAUGAUGUUGUCCAUGUAGGAGUAGUACCUUCAUAGCCUCAUAUACAAUCUACUCUACAUCAUUGACUGAUUUUAAUUUUAAUUUUUUGGGUCUUUGAGCUUUAGGUAGCUGUUUCCUGAGUACAAUAAUAAAAAAGUUCCCUUUAAUGGAAAUGGGAUCUGCUUUUUCCCAACUCAAAAAAAAAGAGCAAAAGCUUAUUAUUAGUACCUAUAAUGAUGAUAAUAAUAGUAAUAAUAUGUUUAUAGUCUGAUUCCUCUGGAAAAAAGGAACUCAUGGAGGUCAUGAUUUCUCCUACACUACUGCUUGUUGUCUCAUCUUCCCAAAUGCCUUAAACAAUUCCAAAACUGGGUUGGUUCUGACUUGAAUUAGGAUCUGAUUCAAAGAGAGGAAUGGAGGGUGGCUCAUUCAAUGGUGCUCAGAUUGAUGCCAAGAUCAUGCAGACAUUUAAGAAGAACUUUGUUCAAGUGCAGGACAUUUUUGAUCAGAACAGGCUACUCAUCAAUGAGAUAAACCAGAACCACGAGUCUAAGGUCCCUGAUAACCUCACCAGGAAUGUGGGGCUAAUUAGGGAGCUCAAUAACAACAUCAGAAGAGUGUAUGACCUAUAUGCCGAUCUUUCGAGUUCCUUUACCAAGUCUAUGGAAGUUACUUCAGAGGGAGAUUCAAGUGGUGGUGCUGUGAAAUCAUCAGAUGGGAAAGCCGGCCACAAGAGACACAGGCCUGUGUAGAGGAGAGUUUGGUUAGUUUCCUUGUGAUUCUUUUGCUUGGUGGAGAAGUUCAAUUUGUGUUGAAAAGUUUAACACAAUGAUUAGAAGAUUGUGUAGUAGUUGAAGAAGCUCUAUUUGUAUUUGUAGCACAUCACUUACUCCUUAUAUUUCAAAUAAAACAAUAUGAUAUAUUGAUUUUCCUCCACAGUUCCUCUCAUUGUAACCUUGUAAUUUGGGAUCUAAUAGAAAUAUAGCAUGGUUGUGCAACCAAUUCAAUCAUGCUGCUGUUGUUCAAAGUAGAAAUAAGAAAGUCUUUUGUUUUUUUUAGUUAAUGUUUUUUUUUCUUUUUGAUUCUGUCAUGGAAUGUAAUCUACAGAUGUGCAAGAUUGUAUGAGGCGUGGCUUUUAAGUUUUAUUAAUAAACUUUUUCUCAAUGUCAAA